GCCUGCUCUAUACCAAGAUACAUCGUGGCUGCUCCCACUGAGGUCGCUGCCUUUGCACCACAUCACGAUUCAUUUUUAAACGUACCUCCUCCGCUUCAAUUUACUCUCGAACAUGACAAUCAGUUGCAGCUACGAAACCGCAGAUUCCUUCAUGAGACAAUCCCACCAGAAGUGCACCCCCCGAUUCCCGACAAGAUGGACCGCAACGGGAUUAAGAUUAGAAAACCGAGCCGAGAACAAUUAAUCUUAAUCAAGUACCUUAUCAAGCAUGUCAUAGCGGGAAGGCCUUAUAAGUUUGAGGAAGAUGGAAGUUUUCAUGAUGUGCCCAAAUCGCCAUGGACAGUGAAAUACUAUUGUGGGAAGAUUGAGGUGUUUGACGAGGAGGAUUACCUGCUAUAUGAGACCUCCUGCUGCUAUCGUUUCCCGCAUUCCUCUGCCUAUUGCUGCUCAUGCGAUAAUCUUGGGGAAGCUUCGCUGAAUACCUUCGCAAUCAUAUGUGGACCGUGUACAAUCGUUCCCUCGGUCUCUGCAAUUUUCUUAAUGGUAAAAGAAGUGGGUCCUAGAACUAUCCAAAGGAUACGAGACGCAUAUUCCGGUACGCCAGCCGCGCUAUGGAUGCGACAACAAAAAGCAACAGUAGCUCCUGCUCCCGAAACUGAGCUUGGCAACCUUGCAUAAUUAUAAGUUGCACUUUUGAUCAGGUUCCAGAUGCUUUUCAACCACUUCCUAAUCACUGAUCUGGGCCAAAUAUAGGAAUUAUAUCAAAUCUCUAU